AACGUCCUCAAACAACCCAUCCACAUCGUGGUCUCGCGCGCCUCGGCCGCCGCCAUCGCCGCCGUCGAAGCCGCCGGCGGCACCGUGACCACGCGCUUCUACACGCCGCGCGCGAUCCGCCGCAUCCUGAAGCGCGAGAUGCACCCGUUCGUGUCGACGGCGUGGACGGCGCGCAGCGCCCCCGCCGGCCUCCUCGCCGCCGAGGGCCUCGACAGCGACGCCGCCGGCCAGCUCGUCGAGAGCGAGAUCAUGCGCGCCAUGGGCUUCACCUACCGCCUGCCCGACCCCACCAAGCGCCGCGACAUCGAGUACUACCGUGACCCCGCCCACCGCGGCUACCUGAGCCACCUGCUCAAGCCCAUGGAGGGCCCCAGUUUGUUCUUCCGGUCGCCCGUCGAGCGCAAGACCGCCGCCGGCGCGCACAAGGAGAAGGUCCUGCCCGAGAAUCGGUUGUGGUAG